UAACACCACAGUUGAUUGGCUGACACCCUUUGCGAGUUCCGACAGAUUGUCGUUCAGCUGGGGCUCGAUGAAAAAGAACAGCUUGUUUUGAACUGUCGCAGACAUUUUUUUCACUGGAUCAAAGCCACUUUUUAAAAUUGAAAAUGUGACGGUGCUUGUGGUUCCAUUCGUCUCAUUCCGCCGCUUUCAACAAGACGUGUGUGUGCCUCUGUCGAUGAAGCAAGGUCAAGCGUGGUAGCUCCUCGGGGACCGCACUGUGGAUGACAGAAGUGACGCCGCCGCGUUGCUGUCCCCUCCGGGCUGGUCGAUGUUAGGAGCGGGGAACACAGCGAAGUAGGUCGGUCAGGAGAUGCCAGAGCGGGGAUGCCGCUUCUUGAACACAAUGUUAUAGUCGAGGGUAUAGAAGAGUGUAUCUACCUCUCUGACUCGACACUUGGACAAGGGAAUCAACUUUUCUGCUCAUCCAGGAGUGGCACAUAUAUGGAUGGUGGGGUGGCAGUAUGCCCACCCCCUCAUCUACCACAACAAAACAGACUGGAGGGAGCAGCAGUACAGGAGAGGGGCCCAUGUUUGCCAGCCCUACCUACUCUUCUCUUAGCUCCUCUUUCCGUUUUGUCCCGGCUUUCUUUCUGGGUGUGGUGGCAGCAGUAGUAUUCCAGCUGUCAUGGGGAGGCCUGUCCCUUACCUCUUUCUUCUUGAAGCUUUUUAUCUAUGUGUCAUUUGCUCUACUGUGUUUCUUGGCUGGCAGCUUUGUUCUCCUAGUCAGGAAGAGCCCACUCAAAGUCAGCCGCUUUGACAGACACAGAAGACAUUCAGUCCAACAGCUGGAAUUCUUCAACAAGCUCAUGACUCGGUUUUUGGCCCCAGCGCAAGACUCGAACCAGAGUCGGAGGGUGGUGGUGUCACACAAUUUGGACAAAGCCCUAAAGGAAGUGUUGGACUAUGCCUACCGAGACUACAUCCUUUCCUGGUACAUUCCUUUAAGUCGUGAUGAAGGCCAGCUGUACUCCAUGCUGUCGGAGGACUGGUGGCAGAUGAUUGGCCAGUUGAGAUGUCGACUUGCUGACAUAGAUCUCGUUAACGUGGUGUGUUAUGACACCAUUCGAAUUUUACAUACACAUUUCACUGGCCUCAAGGCUGCAUCUGCAAGACCGGAUGAGGGAGCUCGCCCGUUCGCUCUCCAUCCAUGCUUGGUCAGUCCGGAGUCAGAGCUGGCUUUCCUCCGCUGUGUAGCCAGAAUAUUGCUGCUAUGUCUGCUGCCACAAAAGGAUGCAAAGUCUCACACACUACGCUGCUGCCUCACAGAAGUCAUCACUACUAAAGUGUUGAAGCCUUUGGUGGAAGUUCUUAGCGACCCCGACUCGAUAAACAGAAUGCUGCUGUCUCAAAUGGAGCAGCGGGAACAGCUGGCCGAGCAGCAGAAGAAAGCUUACACCUACGCUGCCUCUUAUGAAGACUUCAUCAAAUUGAUAUCAACUUCCACAGAUGUCAUUUUCCUCAAACAACUCAGGUAUCAGAUAGUGGUAGAAAUUAUUCAUGCCACUACCAUCAGCAGUCUGCCUCAGCUCAAGAAACAGAAAGAGCGAAAAGGCAAAGAAUCUGCAGCCAUGAAAGCAGACCUGCUAAGGGCCAGGGAUAUGAAACGAUACAUUAAUCAGCUUACUGUUGCUAAGAAGCAAUGCGAGAAAAGAAUCCGUCUACUUGGUGGACCAAACUAUGAAAACAACGAAGAUGGAGGAACCGAUGACAGUGAUGAGCCUCUAAGCCAAAAGAUUCUGCUUUUCGAUGACAUCUUGUGCAAUCCAAGUUACAGGGGACAUUUCAGAGAUUACAUGGAGAGAGUUGAUAAAAGAGCUUUGAUAAGCUUCUGGGAAUUGGUGGAAACGCUGAAAACUGCCAACAAGAAUGAGGUGGCCCAAAUCGUUGGAGAAAUUUACCAGAAGUUCUUUGUCGAAAGCAGAGAGAUUCCAGUGGAGAAGGUUUUGUUGAAAGAGAUCCAACAAAGUUUAGUGGGAAACAGAGGAACUCAAGUCUUUUUGAGACUACAGGAACAGGUGGCGGAGACAAUGAGGGAGCGGUACUACCCUUCCUUCCUGGUUUCGGAUCUCUAUGAAAAAGUCAUCAGACGUGACGAGCAGCACUGCCAAUCACAGUGUAGCACUGAGGAGAAGGAAGAAGGGUGUCGGGGCCUAGAUGCGGGUGAGGAGCUGUGUGACGAGGGUAGUAAAGGAAUCAAUGAACAGGCCAGCUACGCUGCCACAAAACUUCGUCAGCUGUACGACAAAUUGGAGUACAAGAGACAAGCCCUUGGUUCUAUCCAGAAUGCACCCAAACCAGAUAAAAGGAUUGUGAGCAAGCUAAAGGAGGAAAUAGGAGCCAUGGAGAGAGAGCACUGUGAACUUCAGCAACAUAUCACCAGGACCGACUGGUGGUGUGAAAAUCUGGGUCACUGGAGGGCUAACAUCACUACUGCUGAAGCUACAGAGGAAGGUGGGGAGACUGUAGCUUGUUACAGUGUGUGCGUCAACCUGGCGGAAGGUGAGGAGGCGGUGAACAGUCGCUGGAGCGUCCAAAGAAAACUCACUGAGUUUCACAUGUUGCACCGCAAACUGACUGAGUGUUUUCCGUCUUUGAAGAAGCUCCAGUUACCAUCCCUUAGCAAACUUCCUUUCAAAUCCAUUGACCAAAAGUUUUUGGACAAGAGCAAAACUCAGCUUAAUACCUUUUUACAGCGGCUACUUACAGAUGAGCGGUUGUGUCAGUCAGAGGCGCUCUACGCAUUCCUCAGCCCAUCUCCAGAGCACCUCAAGGUGAUGUCCAUUCAGAAGAAAUCUUCUUUCUCUCUGGCCUCCUUCUUGGAGAAACUUCCUGGGGACUUCUUUUCUCACACUGAGGAAGAGGCGGAUGACGACAGCGACUUGUCAGAUUACGGAGAUGAGACAGACGGGAGAAGAGAUGCUCUAGCUGAACCCUGCUUUAUGCUCAUUGGAGAAAUAUUUGAACUCAGAGGAAUGUUUAAAUGGGUGAGAAAGACUCUUAUUGCACUAGUCCAGGUGACAUUUGGACGAACGAUCAACAAACAGAUCAGGGAUACAGUGAAUUGGAUCUUCUCUGAACAGAUGUUGGUCUGUUACAUCAAUAUUUUCAAGGACACCUUUUGGCCCAAUGGGAUUCUGGCACCGCAUGUCAAUGUACGAACUGAUGCCGAGCGCACUGAAACAAAGGAACGAGCUCAACAAAAACUACUUGAAAAUAUUCCAGAUGCAUUGGCAAAUCUAGUUGGCCAACAGAAUGCCCGUUAUGGAGUCAUCAAGGUCUUCAAUGCCCUGCAGGAAGCUAGUGCCAACAAACAUCUUCUCUAUGUCUUGAUGGAAAUGUUACUCAAGGAAGUGUGUUCUGAACUCCGAGCAGAAGUUGAUAUAGAGUAAUGCCAGAUUUGGGAUAAAGAGAUACCCAGAGUUGGGGAACAAACAGGGUCUGGAUUUACCAUUCAGUGACAACUUUGAAGCUUUGUCACUUAUUCAUCUUUUUAUUUUCUUGUUAAUCAUAAAGGCAACUUGAAGAUGCUUCCUACCGUUGUGUUGGAGGAGCAUGCCAUGAGCCUUUGGCAACAUCAAUGAACAUAAAAUUACCGUCCAGGUCUUAUACUUUCACUGGUCUUUGCACAGAUGGUAGCAUUUCCACAGCUGAUUGUAAUGGGAACAUGAUCAAAACAGUAAUUUUAUUGCUAGUGACAGUCACAAGCUGGCAUCUUAACGACAUUUUCAAUGAUUUUCUGGUAUGUUUUUGGAAUGUUGUCAUUAAGAAUGAUAAACUGAGGGGCUAACGGUGUGAUAUGUUGGUGUGGACAUGGCCCAUCAUUACCAAGAUAACUGACAGUCUUGACACGAAGCAGUUGUUGGUCCUUGUAUAGAUUCCACUUUUAAAUUUGACAUGAAAAAAAUACUGUCAAGCGAAGGGAAGGGAUAACAAUUAGCUUAGUUUACAAAAUGUAACAUUUGAAUAAGAACGUAUGACUACACAAAUGGACAAUAUUGAGACCCACUUCUCUAUCAUUAGCAGCAAACAUCACAUCUGUAUUACAACCAGCUAGGAUUUAUGAUUUAAGUUCAGAAAGCGUAAGCAAGUUAUGAAAGUAAAGUUGUUUGUCGAGUCCA